AUGGGUAUGAUGGUGACAAGGGUCUGUGGUUUCACAAGGAUAAAUGCUCGGAAGUUUCAUAGCUUGAAGUUAGACGAGGAUCCUCAAGAGUUCAUUGAGGGGAUCGAUAAGAUUAUUGAUCAUAGGACUGUCACUAGUAGAGAAGGUGUACUUGGACGCCUAUCAACUCAAAGGAUUUGCACAAAUUUGGGAGAAGGCCAGAGAGCAAAGAGGGCAAGGACCAAUAGUGGUGACUUUUCACAUGCUAAAUCCAAAAAUGUUAGUCGUCAACAAUUUAACCAAAGGUUCUUUGAUCAAAAUUCUUCAAGCACUCCUUCUCCAAAGUUUGAUAAGGAUAGGGUGUCUAACCCUAAGUUUCAAAGAGGAGCUCUUAGUGGUCAGAAUAUCCCCUCAUGCAAGAACUGUGGGAAGAGGCAUCAAAGAGAGUAUUUGGCAAGAUUGGGUGCUUGCUUUAGUUGUGGAAAGAUGGGUCACCAAGUGAAGAAUUGUCCUUCGAGCGCUACUAGAGGUGGAGGUGGUUGA